GAUCUCCUCCUUUUCAUAACUUCACUCUCACUCAGUCACGUUAAAAAAUAAAAAUAAACAACAAAUACCAGAAUACCUCGUUUUUCUGCUGCUUCUCCUCUGCAACUCCGAAAAAAUUUAACACCCAUGGCUAGUGCCGUAAGAUUAGACAAUGUAUUGUUCACUAAACUAUCAUUUUCAUCAUCUUCAUCAACAGUAAAAUCUUCUUUUAAUCCUUUGAAAUCAAAAUCAUCUUCUUUUAGUUUUGGAAGUAACAGAAGAACAUGGUUGUCCUCCUCCUCAUCGUCUUCCUCGUCAAUUUUUGUUGUUCAGGCUUCUUCUUCUUCCUCGUCUUCAACUACUGUUGUUGAUCCUCAAGGAAUCAAGAUCGAUUCAGUUCCUGCGAAACCAAUUGAAGGACAAAAGACUGGAACUAGCGGUUUGCGUAAAAAGGUUAAGGUUUUCUUGCAAGAGAAUUAUUUAGCUAAUUGGAUCCAGGCAUUGUUUAAUUCUUUGCCACCAGAGGAUUUCAAGAAAGGGGUGCUGGUGUUAGGAGGUGAUGGUAGAUACUUCAAUAAAGAGGCUGCACAGAUAAUUAUUAAAAUUGCAGCAGGGAAUGGUGUUGGAAAAAUUCUAGUCGGCAGGGAUGGCAUUUUAUCAACACCAGCUGUUUCAGCCGUUAUACGCAAGCAGAAGGCCAAUGGUGGUUUUAUAAUGAGCGCAAGCCAUAAUCCUGGUGGACCUGAAUAUGAUUGGGGUAUCAAGUUCAACUACAGCAGUGGUCAACCUGCACCUGAAUCAAUCACUGACAAAAUCUACGGGAAUACUCUUUCUAUUUCUGAAAUCAAGACGGCAGCCAUUCCUGAUGUUGAUCUGUCUCGUCUCGGAGCUACAGAAUAUGGGAGCUUCAGCGUUGAAGUGAUAGACCCUGUUGCAGAUUAUCUGGAGCUAAUGAAGGAUGUAUUUGAUUUCCCGCUCAUUAAAAGUCUUUUAUCCCGGUCAGAUUUCAGGUUUAUAUUUGAUGCCAUGCAUGCAGUCACAGGAGCUUAUGCAAAGCCCAUUUUUGUGGAUACACUGGGAGCCAAUCCAGAUUCCAUUAUCAAUGGGGUGCCACUAGAAGAUUUUGGGCAUGGUCAUCCUGACCCUAAUCUCACGUAUGCCAAGGAGUUGGUUGAUAUUAUGUAUGGGGAGAAUGCUCCAGAUGUUGGUGCAGCAAGUGAUGGUGAUGGUGAUCGUAACAUGGUUCUAGGCAAUGGUUUCUUUGUUACUCCUUCAGAUUCGGUUGCCAUCAUUGCAGCCAAUGCGCAGGCUGCUAUUCCUUAUUUUAAGAGUGGCCCUAAGGGUCUAGCUCGAUCUAUGCCUACAAGUGGUGCACUUGAUCGUGUGGCAGAGAAACUGAAACUGCCAUUUUUUGAGGUACCUACUGGUUGGAAAUUCUUCGGGAAUCUUAUGGAUGCUGGCAAGUUGUCAAUUUGUGGAGAAGAAAGUUUUGGAACUGGUUCUGACCACAUCCGUGAGAAGGACGGAAUAUGGGCUGUGUUAGCUUGGCUGUCAAUCAUCGCGUACAGAAACAAGGACAAGAAGGCUGGGGAGAAACUGGUGUCUGUUGCUGAUGUUGUUACAGAAUACUGGGCAACAUAUGGAAGAAAUUUCUUUUCUAGAUACGACUACGAAGAGUGUGAAUCUGAAGGAGCAAAUAAAAUGGUGGGCUAUCUUAGAGAUUUGAUUUCGAAAAGUAAAUCUGGUGAUAAAUAUGGGAGCUACACUCUCCAGUUUGCGGAUGACUUUACCUACACCGAUCCUGUGGAUGGUAGUGUAGCAUCCAAACAGGGAGUUCGAUUUGUUUUUACUGAUGGAUCAAGAAUUAUAUUCCGCUUAUCAGGAACCGGUUCCGCUGGUGCAACCGUUCGAAUUUACAUCGAACAAUUUGAGCCAGACGUUUCCAAACAUGACGUGGAUGCACAAAUUGCACUGAAACCAUUAAUAGAUUUGGCAUUAUCAGUUUCGAAGUUGAAGGAGUUUACAGGAAGGGAAAAGCCAACAGUCAUCACUUAGAAGAAGGUCCUUCGAUUACUUUUUAUUUAUUUAUUGAUAAAAAUAAUGAUUACAUUACUAAGCAAACGUAAAAAAAAAACAAGGUUCAGAUUACAGAUUCUGGCGAUUCAGUAUGUUCAUCCAGUCUAUCAGAUCAAAUUUGAUUUCCUGGGUUAUUCUUGACUAGUCUAGCAAAAUUAUCUGCAUACUUGUUAGGUUUCCUACUAAUAGAAACGGAAUUUAGUGACUGUUGGAACCAAGUUGCCCUUUUUGAAGUUUGAGAAUCUUUAGCUAGAUAAUCCAUUAAAGUUUUGUCAUUGAAUUCA